GUGGAGCCUGUUUGUUGUCGGGGCUGGUUGAAGACUUGUCUCGGUGAUCGACCACAAAGCUCAACUUGAUGGUUAGCUAGCUAAGCAUAGCAUUAUCCAUCUAGUUAAGCAGCUAGAUAGCUACCAACCAUUGCACACAGCCUGCCUUCCUGCACUUCCCCCACUCUCUCCCUGCAGCCGGCUAGCUGCACCGCAGCAGCAGCAGCAGCGUUUAGUCCGGUAACAUAAAAUGAAGCGACCAUCAGCCUUUGGGGAAGCUGUGUGGCUGUUUGGAUUUUGCUGAUGUAUGAGGAGAAGAUAUUGUUUUUUUGAGAUCUCUGUCAAGGAGGUCAAAAUCUGUACGGGGGAUGGACGAGCAGAAAUCAAACUGCGAAGAAAAUGACUCUGAACCAACAGCUGAUGACAAUGCCCCUUCAAAGCAGCUUGUCUCCUCUGAGGAGGAGUCCAAAGCCCUUCUUGCUGCGGAGGACGUGUCUGGUGCUACUGCAGCCUCCUCCAGCACACCUGUAGAGAGCGUUCGAGCCUGUGCGCUUUGUAACUGUGUGGAGCGGAGCCUGCAUGGACAGCGGGAACUGAGACACUUUGAGCCAUCUUCAGAGCGGCCGACCCUCAAGCCAUCAGCUUCCCCACUGCCACAGCCCGGGAAUGAUGACCUGUCUUCCAUUGGAUUUUCCGACUCCCCCUGUCUGGCAUCACUCUUUGACGACUCAGGGGGUUGUUCGGUUCAUCACUGGUGUGCGGUGUGGUCGGAGGGAGUGAAGCGAAUGGAGAAUGAGGAGCUGGAGAACGUGGAUAAGGCCGUUAUCUCAGGGACACAGCGGCUUUGCGAAUACUGCAAAAGGCUGGGUGCAACCAUUCGUUGCCAUGCUGAGGGCUGCUCGCGGUUCUACCACUUCCCCUGCUCGGCAGCCAGUGGAUCCUUCCAGUCCAUGAAGCAGUUGGUUCUCCUCUGUCCAGAGCACAUAGACAAGGCAGAGGAGUUGGCAGGUGAGGAGGCGUGGUGUGCAGUGUGUGACUCAGCGGGGGAGCUCACAGACUCGCUGUUCUGUACGGGUUGUGGCCAACAUUAUCAUGCGGCCUGUCUGGAGAUCGGUGCCACGCCCAUCCAGCGGGCAGGAUGGCAGUGUCCAGAGUGUAAAGUGUGUCAGACUUGCAGACAACCAGGAGAAGACUCCAAAAUGUUGGUAUGUGAUGCCUGUGAUAAGGGCUACCACACCUUCUGUCUCCAGCCAGCCAUGGAUUCUCUUCCCUCUGACCCAUGGAAAUGCAGAAGGUGUCGUGUAUGUACGGAGUGUGGUGUCCGUGGACUGGUGCUACCAGGUUCGGCUCAGUGGUUUGACAACUACGCCGUGUGUGAGGGCUGCCAGCGUCACCGCAGCUCUAUGUGUGGCGUGUGCAACAAAGCUGCCAAUCCACCUGUCACUCUACAGUGCUGCAGCAUGUGUCACAGGUGGGUGCACAGUGAAUGUGCUUCACCGGGGGAGCUUCCAGAAGCCAGGUGCAUUUGCCGGCUUUGCAAGGAAGAUCAGCAGCAGCCUGUAACUCAACCAUACACAGCAGAGGUGCAAACCAGAGAGGCGUCUGAGGAGACUGAAGGACAGGUGGAUUUGGUGGAGAUGACUAUUCAAACGGAUGCAGACAUGGUGACAGAAGAGCACACAGACUUAUCAGAGGUGACACCAGGACAGAAAGGCACAUCAGAGAUUGGUCAGCCUGAAGCUACGACUGACAAAGAGACACCCAUGGACUUGGGGGUGGAGUCUGCAGUUGUUGGGACAACAGACGGGGAGAAAAUCACGGAGGACGAGUCGCAGGCAGCAACAGAGGAAUUGACUUCUGAGGCACCCGUUGCUCCACUUGAGCCCACAGAAUGUGCAACGGAAGAACAGAGGGCCUCUUGUCUACCUGCUGAUGAAGAGAGAGCAGAAGAGGCAGUCAGCCAGGUGACUCAAGCCACCCCUUCCCAGGACCCCACAGCAGAGACGCAGUCUGACAACCCCAAAGUAGAACCAACGCCAGUGUCGCAGCAGGGCCCUGAAAAAAUGGAGGUGGAGAAGCAGGAGGCCACUCCCUCAGUGGAGCAAGAAGUGUCACCAGAGUUAUUAAACAACGGCUCUGACGGCACUCCUAUCACAGAAUCAUUCAGUAAGGAUCCACCAAAGUUACCAGCUUCUCCUGCCUCUGUGGACAAAACGGAGCAUUUGCUCAUGGAUAAUCGGCAGGAAAGAAGUCCAUGCCAGGACCCCCAGUCUCCUUCUCCUCUUUCUUUAUCAGCAGACACACAAGAGGCCCUCUCUUCUAUGGAAAUGGAGGGGAGGUUACUACCUCACUCUGAGGAGGAGGACGACGAAGAGUAUGAUGAGCAAAUGAAAGGAGAAGGACUUAUCAUCGACAUAAAGCAGGAACCUCAGGAGCACGAGGUUAACGACGAGAUGUCCUACAUGAGCCAUGGGGACGAGAGCAGCAGUGGCUUUCUGGGCUCUCCAGGAGAAGCUGAUCCUCAGCUCUCCAUGGAGUUUGGCCUCGUACCUGCUGGCCGCUCACACAACGAUAACCUGCUCACUGAGACUGAUGACUCGCUUCCCUUCGAACCCUUCAGAAACGACAGAGAGAAGGUGAAACGCAGAGGAUCCCCAGGUCGCUCACGGGUCAAACAGGGCCGAAGCAACAGCUUUCCUGGGAAGCGCAGACCUCGAGGAGGUGGUGGAGGGAGAGGCCGUGGUGGGAGGUCACGCCUCAAAGCCAUGGCCUCCUGCAUCGAUGCUUUCUUGCUAAGCAUGACCACAGACACUGGAGUAAAUAAGGAGGAGGAAGAAGAGGAAGAUGACACCAUGCAGAACACAGUGGUUCUUUUCUCAAACACCGAUAAAUUUGUCCUGCUCCAGGAUAUGUGUGUCGUGUGUGGCAGUUUUGGAAAGGGUUCAGAGGGGCAGUUGUUGGCUUGUGCUCAGUGUGCCCAGUGUUACCAUCCAUACUGUGUGAACAGCAAAAUCACCAAGACGAUGCUCCGUAAGGGCUGGCGCUGUUUGGAAUGUAUCGUGUGCGAGAUGUGUGGAAAGGCGUCGGACCCAUCCCGUCUGCUGCUGUGUGAUGACUGUGAUGUCAGCUAUCACACCUACUGCUUGGACCCACCCCUACACAAUGUCCCCAAGGGUGGUUGGAAGUGCAAAUGGUGUGUGUGCUGUGUGCAGUGUGGUUCCAACUCCCCGGGUUUCCACUGUGAGUGGCAGAACAACUACACCCACUGUGGCCCCUGUGCCAGCCUCGUCACCUGUCCGGUAUGCAGAGAGAACUUCAUGGAGGAGGAGCUGCUGCUGCAGUGUCAGUACUGCGAUCGAUGGGUCCAUGCUGUAUGUGAGAGUCUGUACACAGAGGAUGAGGUGGAACAAGCUUCUGAUGAAGGCUUUGCAUGCACAUCUUGCUCCGCAUAUGUUCCAAAACCCGUGGUAGUAGAGUCAGCCAUUAUGGCUUCAAUAAAGAUCAAAGAGCCAGAGCCCCAGUUCUACCGGUUGGAGGGUGUGUGGCUGACAGAGUCUGGCAUGUCCCUGCUUCGCAGCAUCUCCAUGUCGCCCCUGCACAAGAGACGGCAGCGUCGCUCUCGACUCGGCACUCUUUGUUGUGAUGGAGGCCCUGAUGGAAUGGAUCUCAGGGAGGUCGAAGAUGGGGAGGAUGGAAAAGGCUGUGGGGAGCCCAUGGACUGUGAAUCCAAGAUGGAGAACCCUGGGAGCCCCGACAGAGAAGGCGGUGCAGAGGGAGGCGCCGAAGGCAUGGGUGACUGCGAUGGUCUCAAAGGAGGCGCAGAGGAGAUGGAUGAUAGCAAAAAGAGAAAGCGGAAACCUUACAGGCCUGGAAUUGGAGGCUUCAUGGUGCGACAAAGGAAGUGUCACACACGGAUGAAGAAAGAAUUCUUUGCCCAGUUGGCUGGAGAGACGACGUUAGAUGGACAGCCAAUAGAGAGAACCAUUGACGAAGGACCUCACCCUGACACAGAUAACAUCAUGGAUCCUAAACCAGUGGAGGGCGAGGAACAGGCCAAGAAACGCCGGGGACGGAAGAAGAGCAAACUUGAGGACAUGUUUCCAGCUUAUCUCCAGGAGGCUUUCUUUGGGAAGACACUAAUAGACUUGAGUAAGAAAGCUGUGAUGAUACCCCCAGGGCAGAGGCCAGGCGCAUGCCUUGUCCGACCUCAAUUACCAGCACCGUCGGGGGUCAAAACUUCUCCAGAGACUGAGGAUCGUGUGGUGAAAGCUAAUUUUCCUGUCAAGCAAGAGGGGGGUGAGGCCCCCCAGGCUCAGGGAGAAAGUGCAGGAGUUUCUGCACCAUCCUCAUCGCUGAAGCACCAGGCGUCGACUGAUCCUCAAGACUCUGAUGCAGAAAAAAGCGAAGGUCUUCCGCAAGGGGUGGAGAGUCAGGACUCUGAGCAGUUCUUCAGGAAGGUUCUGGGAGUGUCAGAUGGCUCCUCUUUGGAGGGCAUGAAGCCCAUCUUGGAGGGCAGUAAGGGAGAACUCAAUCGUAGCGCUCUGCCGCAGAGAGCUCUCCUCUCAGGGUCCCUGCCCUCAGCUGGAAUGAUGGAUGCUUUUCCUGGCCUCUCUCAGUCGCCGUUCUUUGAUAUGCGGGACCGAGGAGGACUGUUCAGUCCAGAUGGGGGUGAGGAGAGCCCCUGGGCCACUCCCUCGACCCCAGCAACCCCCUCCUCCCCACCGACCCCCACUGAGGGAGACGGUGAUGGGCUGUCCUACAACCAGCGCAGUCUCCAGCGCUGGGAGAAAGACGAAGAGCUGGGAGAACUCUCAACCAUUUCCCCUGUGCUUUAUGCCAAUACCAACUUUCCCACUCUCAGACAGGACUACCCAGACUGGGCCAGUCGCUGUAAGCAAAUCAUGAAGGUCUGGAGGAAGGUGUCAGCUGCUGACAAGGUUCCAUAUCUGCAAAAGGCCAAAGAUAACCGAGCAGCUCAGCGGAUCACCAAGGCGCAGAAGCAGGCAGAGAGUCAGGUGUGCAGGCCGAUCAAGACAGAGGGAGGAGUGCGUGUGAAGACCGAACGGCCCAGUUUACACCUCCAGAUUCCUCCUCCUUCAGGCUCUGCGUCAAUCUCUUCCCAGCCCAGCUCUGCAGAAAGCCCGUUUCCCUUCCCUCCAGAUUCAGGAUCAUCCUCUGUCUUUUUCUCAGAUGGACCUGUUAAGACUCCGGGCUCAGCUGAAAUCCGGACAGACCCCUUGGCCAAGCUUCCUCCUCAGUCACCCCAUUCUCACUCUCACCCAACCACACCCUACUCCCAUGCUGGGGCCAGCCCCUUACAGGCCUCUUCCUCAGGUUAUUCCGCUUCCGGCCCACAGGGUCCUCCUCAGGGACGGCCAGCCAGUCUUGGCCCCUUUGACAUGCAACCAGGAACUCCUGGAACCCCCAGACGGGCUCAGCAGGUUGACCCCUACUUCAGAUCACAGCUGCAGCAGCAACAGAGUCAUCUACCACAAUCACAGCAAGGCUCCCAGGAGUCCUUAGGACCUCCAGAAAGUCCUCAUUCACGAGGCGCAGGGCUUGGGGAGUCGCCCAUCUUCUCGCCAUCCCACAACACCCACUACGGAGACCCUUUCAGAACCCAGCAAGGGAUGGGACGGCCAGACUAUGGUUCCGCCCCAUCACCCUCUGCAUUGGCUUCCUCACCUGCAAGCACAGGGCAGUACAGGGCUGAUAUGAGUGCACCUUCUCCACGCUCCUCUGCCGUUGGAAGACCUGAUCUAUCCACUGGCUCUCCUGCUGGGAUGCUGGAGCCUGGGGAUGUUUUAUUCAAGGCACCUAUGACGCCACGAAUGCACCAAGGGGAGGGUGGGGCACUUCAUCCUGGAGCUUCCCCUGGCCACCCCUCUGAAGGCUACAGGCAGUCUCCCUCCCACCCUUUCUCUGACCCCCACACUCAGCAACCGCUGACUCCCAGGCCGCAAUCAGGCGACAACUGUUCUCUUGGACCCCAGAGACACCCUGUAGCUCAACAGGAACUAUGCUCUAGAGUGCCCUCCAGCCCACAGUCCCAGGGCAGCUCUCAGUCUCCCCAUACUCCUGGUGGCCUCUCCAAUGAUGCUUACUCUGUUCAUUCUCCUGCUAACCCUCGUUUCCAAUCCCCAGACCCUUGCUCUCAGCCACCCUCAAGGCCACAAUCUAGAGACCCUUUUGCUACUAUCCACAAACCCCCUCGCCCCUCCUCUGUUGCCCCAGAGGGAACUGCAAGCUACAAAAGCUCACCUCAUCCUAACCAGCCACCUCCACCCCAUCCCAACAACAGUUCCAUAGGGGACCCUCUCUCUGGUAAACCGUCAGCACCUCCUACUUUCAGCCGCAGCCCCAGCACGGGAGGCUUCCAAAUAACCCAACAGCAGAGUCAGAUGUUACAGGGUCAGCUUCAGCAACAACAACAACAAACUCAACAGACGAUGGGGGCAGACAGCUUCAGCUCCAGGGUGCCACCUCCUUCUGGGUCUCAAGAACUGCCAGCUGUCCGCCCUCCAGAUGCACCUCAUCAGCCAGCUUUGCCAGGCACUCAAGAAAUGCCUGACAUUUCAGCAGUGCAGGACCCCGCAUUAAUAGGCCUUAGCCCCACCGAGCUGGAGAAGCAUCGACAGCGACUGAGGCUGCGGGAAUUCUUAAUCAGACAACAAAUGCAGAGAAACUCCAUUAGACAAGAGAAGGAGGCUGCUAUUGCUGCUGCUGCUGGCAAUGCAUCCCCUGGCUGGUCUGGAGGAGAGAUGGGAGCCUUUCAACAAGACAAGGCCCACAGAGCACCACCACCUUAUCCACAGGAUCGUGUUGCUGCUACUUCUGCUGGACCUCAGGUUUCUAUGGCGGGGAAGAUGCCCAUGGCUGUUGGAGGCAUGGAGGACAAGCUCAUUCGCCCACCACCUACAGGAACCCCUGCCAUCAUGGAUCCUAGUGCACUAAGGCCACAAGGCCCCCCCAGACCUCAGGGCAUGUAUGCCCGUCCACCAUUCCCUCCUCAGUGGCAGGGCCAGGCUCCAGGUCCAAGGAGGUUCCCCCAGCCUGGCAUGGAGGCUAUGGGCAUAAGGCACAAUCUCAACCCUGCUGUUAACAUCCAGGGUAUGGAAGGCAUGGGUAAUCCUCACACCAUGAUACCAGGACAUGGAGGAGAGACCAUGCAGCCAAUGGGUCAAGGACCCCCACCACAGUUCAUUGAAUUGAGACACAACUCACAGAGGCUACCCCUCCGACCUCAGUUUAUGCCUCGUGGACCCCAGCCCAGACCACGUCUCUUUGUCCCACAGCAAGAGAUGGCAGCAUCUUAUGUUCAGCAACAUCCCAUAGCUCAAGCUGGUGGCAUUCAAACAGAGGGGGGCAGCAACUCCCAGCUGGGGUUACAGCAGGGUAGACUGUCAGUUUUACUGCCUCAGCAGUCUACAGGCCAAGUAACACAACAGCCCCACAUGCAGCCUCAGGCAGCUACUUCCACUCCAAACAUUCCUGGCACUGAGCAGCAUCAGCUUCGACAACCAGGCCUAGUCACACAUCCCCAGCCUGCCCCGGCAGAAAAUAGCGAGGAGCUGCCAGAGCCGGACCUUGAUGGGCUCGGGGAUGCCCAAGGGGAUGGAGGUGUGGAGGAUGAGGACGAUUUGGCUCUAGACUUGGACCCCGACAAAGGAGAUGAUGACUUGGGCAACCUGGACAACCUUGAAACCAAUGAUCCACAUCUAGACGACUUGCUCAACAGUGAUGAGUUUGACCUGCUGGCUUACACUGACCCUGAACUGGACCAAGGAGACCCUAAAGAUGUCUUUUCAGACCAGCUGCGGUUGGUGGAAGCAGAAAGUGAAGCACCUGGAUCUGCGCUUGUUAAAGUGGAAGGAAAAGCUAAGGUGGAGCCAAGGCAGAAGUGUCUCACAACAGCUCCUGCCACUGCAAGGGGGUCUGCAACCCAACUGCCACCCUCUGCAGAAACCGUUGAUAUCACCAAGGUCAAAGUAGAGGACAGAGGUCUGACCCCUCAGCUGCAUCCAGGACAGACUGUGGUGAAAGAUGAAAUAGGAGAAGCUGUGUCGAUGCUUCUUGGUGAGACCGCACCAUCAGCUAAGUCUGCACAAUCAGAAAACCAGUCAGCUUCACUCAGUUCUGUUCGAUUAGGGGGACUUCCGUACCCCCUGCCAGGGCAAGCUAACGCAUUGCCUUUUCCUCCAGCUGCUCCACAUGCAGAUAUUGGUGAUGAUCCGCUGGGGCUGCCUGAUGUUGGGGGGCAGCACUCCCCUGCUGUAGAUUUAGCAAAGGUCGAGAGCUCUUUAGAUGGUGAACUGCCCCUUCUAAUACAGGAUCUGCUGGAGCAUGAGAAGAAGGAGCUACAGAAGCAGCAACAGCAGCAACAGCUCAGUUCCCUCCACCAGGGAGGCAUGGCGCCUCAUUUUCCUGGCCUCUCAAGUCAACAGCCGAACCCACAGGCACCUGGUCAGAUAAUGCUGCAACACCACCAUCGACCACCACCCCAAGGAAUGAUGGCUCAGCCAGGAAUGGUACCCCGUGCUCCGCACAUGUUACAACAACAACAACAGCAGCAGCAGCAGCAGCAGCAGCAAAGGCUUAUGGGACCUGGAAUGGCACCUCCACCUCACAUGAACAUGGCCCAGCAGCAAGCCAUGGUGAGGAUGAGGCCGCCAGGGAUCCAUACAGGUGUCACACAUCAACCGCAGCCGCAGUCAGUGGUUAAACCACCUCUGGCCAACAACUUCUUCCCAGAUAAAGAUUUAGACAAAUUUGCUACUGAUGACCUCAUGGAUCCCAUUGCCAAGGCAAAGAUGGUGGCACUUAAGGGUAUCAAGAGAGUGUUGGCACAGGAUCCAAUGGUUGGACCCCCUGGCAUUAACAGGCAACAAGUUUCUCUGCUUGCUCAGAGGCUUGCCUCUGCCCCGGGCACAGAUCCAGGUCAACUUACAGCUGGACCUCCAAAGGAGGGAGAAACCAGUGAUCCUACCCAGUCGAGACCUAACCCUCCUCAGUUUGUGCAAGGAAUCAUCAAUGAUGCAGAACAGCACCAAUAUGAAGAAUGGCUUCUUCACACGCAGCAGUUACUCCAAAUGCAGUUGAAAUUUUUGGAGGAACAGAUUGGAGUUCAGCGCAAAUCACGCAAGGCGCUGUGUGCUAAGCAACGCACUGCUAAGAAAGCUGGCAGGGAGUUUGCUGAGGCAGAUGCAGAGAAACUAAAGUUGGUUACAGAAGAGCAGAGCAAAAUUCAGAAACAGCUUGACCAGGUACGCAAGCAGCAGAAGGAGCACACCAAUCUCAUUGCAGAGUACAGAAGCAAGCAGCAGCAGCAUCAGCAAAGCUCAGGUAUUCUUACCCCAGGUCAUUCUGCACAGGGGCCACCACCUCAAAUGUUUCCCAAGAUGCCUGGCCAGAUGAUGAUGGGCCAACAGGGAACUCCAGUAAUGGGCCAGCACCCUGGUGUGAUGCCCCAAGGUGUAAUGCCUGUCAGGAUGCCCCAAGGGCAGCCCUUUAUUGGUGGAGCUCAACCCCAGCUUCCUCCAGCUCUGGGAGUCAGUGUUGCCAGGGCCCCAGGUCCUCCUGGGGCACCAACAGGAUUCUUCCCACAGGGGCCUGGCAUGCAAGCAGCAGACCCUAGGCUUCUCCAAGAAAGACAGCUUCAACAUAGGAUGCAGAUGGCAAAGCUCCAGCAACAGCAACAGCAGCAGCAGGUGAUGAUGGGCCAGCAACCAAUGCCACACCCAAAUCAUCAGCCUGGCUUAAUCGCUCAGCCACCGUCCGGUAUGAUGGGGAACCCACUUAUGGCCCAACAACAAGCAAACACUCAGCAGGGAAUGCUAGCCAACCAGGCCAAUCAACAGAACAUGGUGCAGGUUCCACAAGGAAUGGUUGGAGGCCAGCCUGUGGCUCCACUGCCACAGAACCUUGCAGGAGGCCAGCCUAUUAACCAUGCUCAGGCCAUGAUGGCAGUUCAACCAGGGAUUAUGGGGAAUCCGCCAGUUGCACCAUCACUGCAACAGAGGCCUCAGCUGAUGAUGGGUCAGCAGGGAAUGGUUGGAUCUCCAGGUCAUCCUGGCCUCAGGGGUCCUCAAGCCCAGUUGACUCCACAACAACAGAACAUUCUGGCCCAACGCAUGCUUGCGUCUCAGCAACAGCAGCAACAGCAGCAGCAGCAGCAGCAGCAAAAUGUUGCAAAGAAUUUGGCCCACCUUCAGCAGCAGCAGCAGCAGAUGGCACAGCAAAGACAACAAACACAGUUGAUCAGUCAAUCCAGCCAAGAGCAAGGAGUGCUCUCCCAACCCUCUACCCCACAGAUGGGCUCCUCGCCUUCAGCAGGAAGUAUCACGCCCCAGCCACAGGGAGCUACAGACAACCAAAACUCAGGCCCCAAAGAGGGUGGGAUCCUCAGCCCUGAUUCAAGAACGCCACCACAGCAGAGUGGACCCUCUACUCCCAAUCAGAUGUCCCAACUAGGCUCUGCAAAUGAUCAUCAAACUGACUUGGGACGACAGCAAUUACAGCAGCAUCAAAACCAGGUUUAUAUGGCCCAGCAGCAACAAUCAAAUCCUCAGCCUGUACCUGAGCAACAAACAGGUUUGGUUGGAAGCCAACAAACUGGCGUGCUUCAGCAACAUCCGCAACAACUUCCGCUCACUCUCCAGAGGCAAGGCUCCCUCAGUAUUGACAAGCCCAUCUUGAUGACCGUUAAAGAGGAAGGAAAACCAAAUGAUUUCCUAGCUCAGCAGCAACAACAGCAAACAGUUCAGAACUCCAUGCAGCAGUCACAGGAUCCCAACAUCCAACAGCAGAUCAUAGGCCAGAACCAUCCUGGCCAGCCACAGCCUGUUGUGAUGGGCCAUAAUCCACAACAACAAGCCCUCAUGGCCCAGCAGCAAAAACAACAGGCCAUGAUGGGCAUGAUGAGAGCCCAGCAGCAAGGGAUGAUGGCACAGAGGCCUGUGGGUCCACCUGGACAGAUCCGCACCCCUAUCAACAUCCAGGCUAUUAUUGCUCAGAAUCCUCAGCUCCGCAACCUUCCCCCAAACCAGCAGAUACAGCACAUCCAGGCCAUGAUUGCCCAGAGGCAGCUCCAACAAGGACAGAUGCUGCGGAUGUCAAUGGGUCAAGGCCAGCAAGGUCAGUUGAGGCCUCACAUGCCCCCAGGACAGAUGCCGCAGGUUGUGCAGCAGAUGCCAUAUGGAGUCAUGGGGAAGCCAGGAGCAGUGGGCACUCAGCAACAAUCAGGCAUGUUGGGCCAACAACCUGGUGUUGCUCCCCACAUGCAGCAGGGGAUGAUGGUCCCUGGGCAACAACAGCCACAAGUAGGGGAGAUGAUGCAACAACAUAUUAUGAGAGGCCAGGUACCAGUGCCGCCUUCCCCAAUGGACCAGGGCCGCAUGGUAAGGCCAACAUCUCCACGUCAGCCAAUAGCCAACUCUCCUGGGCACGCGUUUAAUCAAGCUAUGGGGAUGCGUCCAACCACUCCCAACCAGAACCAACAAGCACUACUGGCAGCUGCAGCAGGCCGCAUGCAGGGUUCUCCAUCCCAUGCGUAUUCUCCAAGAGGUCCCUUCGGCAUGAGCCCGGCCCACCCGGCCUCACCUCAUUCAUCCCAUGUCUCCUCACCUUCUAUAGCCGACAGUAGGGCUGGAAGGGGGAGUCCGUACAGCCACGUCAAGGCAUCUCCACUCAGGUCACCUGGAGCCAAGAGUCCGCUUGAUUGUCCAGGGCUGAAAGUAGAAGCUCAGACAUCAGGCAAUGAAACAUCUCACUCGGCCUCAGUUAUCCCCAACGGUCCACAGAAAGGCGUGAAUGUUCAGCAGCAGUCGCAGCAGGUCACAGAGAGCCAUGGUCAACACACACAACAUGGCCCCAGAGCAGGGGAGCUAUGCAAGAUGACCCUACAGAACAUUAAACAGGAACCAAGAGAGGUUCAGUGUGAUGGUGCGCCAGAGGCUCAUCCUGGGGCAAUAAAGCGAGAAGCAUCGGGUGAGGCGGUUACUUCUGGGAACAACACUGGCUUUAUUAAUGCUGGAAACAUGGCCGGAGACCCUGGGACUCAAGCCCCUCGAUCUGAGACUGGACAACAACUACUACAGAAACUCCUGAGAACCAAGAACCUUCAGCUUGGUGCUCAGAGGCCUUCUGAAGGCAUCCACAAUGAGAUCAAUGGCCACAUCAACAGCAAGCUGGCAAUGCUGGAACAAAAACUUCAAGGGACUCCGCGAAAUAUGGAGGAUUUACAGUCUAUAACAAAAAGGGCUCCUGCACAAAAGCCAAAGCGCUCUAAUAAGUCAACUGGAGACCGAGGGCCUAACGCACGGAAGAAGAAUAAGAAGGAAGAAGUCGGAAAAAGUGCUGAAGCCCUGAUAAAGCAACUCAAACAGGGUCUCUCUCUGCUGCCCCUGAUGGAGCCUACAAUCACUGCCAGUUUGGAUCUGUUUGCCCCUUUUGGAAGCAGCCCAGCCAGUGGCAAAGCCCAGCUCAAAGGAUCCUUUGGAAAUGCAGUGCUGGACAAUAUCCCAGACUAUUAUUCUCAAUUACUCACAAAGAGUAACCUCAGCAACCCACCAACACCUCCAUCCUCCCUGCCACCUACUCCUCCGCCUUCAGUACAGCACAAACUGCUGAAUGGAGUGACUCCUGGGGAGGAGUUGUCUGAGGGUCAGAAAGACACAGAGCCAGCCGAAGAGCCAAUGGAUUCUGUUAAAGAGGAGGUGAAGAGUGUAGACAUCCUAGCAGCUCUCCCCACCCCGCCACAUAACCAGAAUGAGGACAUCAGGAUGGAGAGUGAUGACGAGGAUGCCCCAGAAAGCAUCAUCCCGGCAUCCUCCCCUGAGAGCAACGUAGGAGAUGAAACGCCACGCUUCCCUCAUCUACGGGAGCCUAAAGAGGAGGAGACAGAGAGAGCAAUAUCCCCCAUCAUCCCCCUCAUACCUCGCACUGCCAUCCCAGCAUUCCCAGAAAACAAAACAUUUGAAGCAGCCGAUAGCAAGGUUGUUUCCACAUCCAACCAUUGGGACAAGGCCAAAAACAACGAAGUGUCUGUUACCUUCACAUUGUCCUCUGCUGCAGCUAAGAAACUGAACCAUGUCAUGUUGGCCAUGGCCCAGCUACUCAAUAUUAGGAUGCCGGGGUCUUAUGAGGUGACUUUCCCUCCCCAAAACCCUGACAUGCCCGGGGUGGAUGGGCCUGGAAAAGAACCCGACCAGUCAGGGGCUCUGUGUACAAAGGACGGCGCUUCUCCCAGUCAGGAUGAGUGGCUAAGGCAGUUUGACGUGUCUCUACCAGGCUGUACAUUGAAGAAACAAGUGGACAUUCUGGCACUUAUUAAACAGGAAUUCCCAGACAAAGAAGACCAACCGGCCCAGCACUGUUAUACAACCAAAGUAAACGACUUGGAUGUGCGCCACCUUCCUCCUAUACCAGUGGAAGAAUCUCCACCUCCAUCACCAUCCCCUCCACAUCCUCCGCCAUCAGUCCCAGUUCCAACUAGUGAAGCUGAACCUUCCAAAAAAUCAGCCUCUCCAUCCCCGCCUCCCUCCAGUCCAACCAUUGUUCAGAUCCAGAUCAAGACUGAGCCUGAACCGGAUGAUGGUCCUCUUCCUAUUGAUGCUGCUCAACCAACUGAUGACACAGAGUCUGAAGUUGCAGCUCUAGAGUCGGUCACUGAUCCAGCAACUUCCGCUGCAGUUCCAGAUCCUGCUGCUCCUACUGAAGAUCAUCUGAGUCUUGCUGUCAAGGAGGAGGACUUGGCCUCUGAUCCAGCUCAACCUCCUCAAGAUUCUCCCAGCAACAUAGAGUCUUCCCCUAAGGCUGUCAAGCAGCGCAGGCCUCUCUCCCCUGACGAGGAGGUGGUACAUCCCAAAGUGAAAAAAUGGAAGGGCAUUCGCUGGAAGCGUCUUCAGAUUGUCAUCACAAUACGUAAGGGUGGGUCUAAGAAAGAGAGCAGCCGUGAGGUGUCUGAGCUAAUGGAACGCCUGCGCAUUACUCUUCGACCAGACAGGCUGCCUCGGGAUAAACGCAAAUGCUGCUUCUGCCAUGAUGAAGGCGAUGGAGCCACAGAUGGGCCUGCCCGGUUGCUUAACAUCGAUGUGGACUUGUGGGUGCACCUCAACUGUGCCCUGUGGUCCACGGAGGUGUAUGAGACGCAGGGGGGUGCCCUCAUCAACGUGGAAGUAGCUCUGCGUCGCGGAUUGAGGACUCUUUGCGCAUACUGCCAGAAAACAGGCGCCACAAACAGCUGCAACAGAAUACGCUGUCCGAAUGUCUACCACUUCGCCUGUGCCAUCCGGGCGCGCUGCAUGUUCUUCAAGGACAAGACCAUGUUGUGCACCCAGCACAAGCUGAAGGGCCCCAGUGAAGACGAACUCACCAUGUUUGCCGUUUUACGGCGCGUCUACAUCGAGCGUGAUGAGGUGAAGCAGAUUGCCAGCAUCUUGCAGCGAGGCGACCGUAUCCACCUGUUUCGUGUUGGUGGUCUCAUCUUUCAUGCUGUUGGCCAGUUGCUACCAUCCCAGAUGACCAACUUCCACUCACCCACUGCCAUCUUCCCUGUUGGCUACGAGGCCACACGCAUCUACUGGAGCACGCGUGUGCCCAACAAGCGCUGUCGCUACCGCUGCCGCAUCAACGAGGAUGAAGGUCGCCCCCUGUUCGAGGUGCGUGUUCUGGAGCAUGGCAUGGAGGACUUGCAGUACCGUGACACUACACCAGAGGGGAUCUGGGAACGAGUGGUUCAGCAGGUGGCUAAACUCCGAGAUGACUCGUCCAUGUUGAAGCUGUUCACCGAACAUGUGAAGGGAGAGGAGAUGUAUGGCCUCACCAUUCAUGCUGUCAUGCGUAUCACGGAGUCGUUGCCCGGAGUGGAGAACUGCCAGACCUACCUGUUCCGAUAUGGCCGUCACCCUCUGAUGGAGCUCCCUCUGAUGAUCAAUCCCUCUGGCUCUGCUCGCUCCGAGCCCAAAGUCCCCACACAGUGCAAGAGGCCUCACACUCUAAAUAGCACCAGCGUGUCAAAGGCCUACCAGAGUACCUUCACCGGAGAGCUCAACACACCAUACAGCAAGCAGUUUGUCCACUCCAAGUCGUCGCAGUAUCGGCGCCUGAAGACGGAGUGGAAGAAUAACGUGUAUCUGGCACGAUCCCGCAUUCAGGGCCUGGGUCUGUACGCUGCUAAGGAUCUGGAGAAGCACACCAUGGUCAUCGAGUACAUUGGCACUGUCAUACGCAACGAAGUGGCCAAUCGCCGUGAGAAGAUCUACGAGUUCCAGAACCGUGGGAUCUACAUGUUCCGCAUCAACAAUGAGCAGGUGAUUGAUGCCACUCUGACAGGAGGCCCAGCUCGCUACGUCAACCAUUCCUGUGCCCCGAACUGUGUUGCAGAAGUUGUAACAUUUGACAAAGAAGACAAGAUUAUCAUCAUUUCCAGCCGCAGGAUCCCCAAGGGAGAAGAGCUGACCUACGACUACCAAUUUGAUUUCGAGGACGAUCAGCACAAGAUCCCUUGCCAUUGUGGAGCCUGGAAUUGCCGAAAGUGGAUGAACUAACCGGAAGAAAGAAAAAAAUGGAGAAUUCCCCUCUCACUGGUGCCAGAACAAUCCUGCGCCAAAGCCUUCGAAUCCUACAUAGCCAGUGCAUAAGCUGUUCUGAACGACGUGAAGGAAAGCUGGCCUCCGUCAUUGAAAGACUAAAGCGUUGACACCUGUAGCCAAAGGUUUGAAGAGCAUUAAUCAAUAAAAGCAACCGACCACCUCCAUCAACAGCAGCUUGAUGGCGGGACUAACUCUCAUGUUUGGACUAGUGAAUAACCUUUUCCUCAGCCAAAACCCUUUUCCCCCCUCGACUGUUCUCAAUCUCACAGUGGCUGGAAAACAAUCCUCAACAUCUACCAAAUGAUUCUGACCCUCUGAUAUCGAUACUCGUAGUGCAGAGCUCACCUGGAGCUUCGACGAAAAGCCAUUUUUAAAAUACUAAGAAUGAACUAAUGAUGCAUUUUUAUGUUUUAAGUCGGACCUAUUUCCUGUCCCACCUGACCGCACCUCCCCCUCACCUCCCAGAAAAAGGCACUUUCCCAUCAAGUCAUCAAUGAAGACAACACGGAUAUUGGCUAGCUAGACAAUCUCGAUGUGGCUCUGUGUAAGAACUACAUAUGAUCGAUGGAGAAAAAAAAAAAGUUAAUAUAAAAUUUGAGAUGCUAUUGAUCUGUGGCUCCAGAGGCACCAGAUGUUCUGACUGUAUGGAGUCCCAAGGUGGGUUAGUUGGACCCAGUCUACCUCAUUGAUUUUUGCGGGAAGCGACUGCUUUGUAUAAAAACUGUUAACUGCUACUGUGGAACGGGGGGGUGGGGAGGGGGAAUGUUUUUAUGGGCUUAGCCUUCUCGGACAAGCAGGGAAUCUUAAGCAGCAGGUUUGCUCUAUCUACUCUAUGCUGAUGAUGAUUUACAAUAAUGAGCCAACAUAAUUAUUAUUCAUGAAUUGUUUAUACAGAGGAAAUAUAUGACAGUUUUGAUAAGAUAUUGCAUUAAAAAUCACAAUCAGAAGCUUAGCGGGUGUCCUGUGUGUCACCUAAUCCUCCUGGAUAUUGAUGUAGCCUUUUUGUUCUUUUUAUUUAUGCGUCUAUAAAAAAACAUGUUUAUCAGCUGUGUGAAAGCACAAUAACAUCCACCUUUUUUUUUUUUUAAGUUGCUUAAAGAUAGUAAUGGUGUGAGUGAAUGGCUCUAGGAUCACAGAGGACACAUUGAGGAAGACAAUGAAGUCCAAAAUUAACCAAGUACACAUUUUUGCUUGUUGCUUCAUACAUUGAAGUUCCACUUGCUGAAAAACCAGCCGGUGGAUGCAUGACUACUGUCCCAUUAAAUGCUUUUUAUGCCCCCAUAACUCAAUCACAACUCAACCUUUUGAAUCAUGCCUCUUUCUCUCUGUAUUAUUUAGUGGACUGUUGUUAAACUUUACUGUAGUAAGUCUUCCUCUGCCUGAGUACAGCCUGCAGUGUUUCUACUUCCCCUGUAGUGUGCUUUUUCUAGUGCUGGUACUGUCCUCUCGAGGCUGAACUGAUGGCAGGGAAAGACUUAUUGGAAAAAAAGGGCAUUUGUUUUCAUUUAUAUGUAAGAUGAAUGAAAAAAAGUCUUUAAAGGGAGCUUUACUAAAACUCCAACUUCCCAUACUACUUUGUUUCCCCCUUCCCCUAACCUAAGACCUCACAUGAUUUAAAAAUGCAAAGUUGUACAAACUGUAUAUAUAGUAUAUGCAUUAGGGGACAGCAACUCUUUAUCCAGCCCCUUUGUAAUCAAUAAAGUCAAAAAGUGUAGAGAAAUAAAAUUGAAAAAAAAAUCAACCACUGGAUAUCAUUUUAACAAAGAUAAAGCUGUAUAUAAAUAUAAAUAUAUGUAAAAUGGCAAACUAAUAUCUUUAUGUAUAUGAACCAGAGUGUUUUGCAUUUACCUGUUUUUCUAUUAGUGUUUUUUGCUAUAAGCUCUCAGAGACAAGUUUGUUAAAAUAGGUUUGAGAAAAAUGUCUGGUCUUCUCAAAUCAAAUGGCGACGAGAAGCCGAUAUGUGAUUACAAAACUGUUUGGAUUCAUGUGGAGGGUCGUUAAUUAGACAUGGAAAUCACUUUUUUGCGUAAAGCAGUACAAUGGUGCAUAGCAUUUGUAUUUAUGUAAUAUUGUUCGUGUUUAUUUUUCUUUUUAUUUAUGCUACUGCUUGUUGAUUACCAAAACCUGUCCCUUAAUCGGUCACAAUUGGAUUAAUAUACUCUUGAAUGGAAAAUCUUGAAUUCCCUAGAAUAUUGUUAGUGUUUUGCUUUUUUAUAUCUUCCCUAUAGAAGUGAAUGUGUUGGUAAACCUUGUGAAAUGGUUACUUGGCCUAAUGUAUGUUAUGAUGUAAUACUCAAAGUUAAUCCCAUACUUAACCUGGUAAUGAAUUGCACUCUCAUAGUAUAACGGAGAACUUCUCUAAAGUGGUAGAUAUUGAUCAAGUAUCCGAAGCAGUGAUAUAUAUAUUUUUUGGUAUGUUUCUAUUUCAAGGGAAGACCAUGACGAGACAUUAUGCCGCUCACUGGAUUUUAGCCUGAAUAAUUUUUAACUUCUCUGAAUCUUAAUUUAAGUUCUCUGCAUAUCUUAUAAUUUAAUAAAGUUUGCUCAAAAUUGAAGGUUUUUUUUAACCUCACCUACUUUUUAAAAAGAUGUUGCAUCUGUACAGCAGAGAUACUUUUAGGGAAUAUGAAUAAAUAUAAUGAUCAUUUUUAUUGUAUGUGGCAUGUUUUGUAUGGAUAUUAUUUUGAAUUGUACAUAUUUUUUUCAGGACGCCAGAGGUUGCAUCUCUUUAUAUACAGCUUUCCCACUCCCUUUCCCCUUCAUCUUAUUUCUUUGUCUGCUUUUGUUUCUUGUAAAGGAAAAUAAAAUGCAUUUUAAAUAUGUG